CUCAUCAACUUCAUUGCUGAAAGGUAUUAUAAUAAGAUGCAUACCUGGCUUAUUUUCUUUCCAACUCAGAUUUUAGCUAUGUGGGCGACUCUGUCAUCACCGCUCUUCUUGUUGAUCAUUUUUAGCAGAGGUCGGACGAUGGAGUCAUCUGAUGAGUUGACGGAUGAUGGAUUUGAACGGAUGCUGAAUGAUGUAGCAGAGAACGUCACAUCGAUAGAUGACGUUAUCGAGAAAAUCGAUGCUGUGGCGAAUAACCAGAAUCAAACGUACCUUGAAUACUUGAGAGCUUUUUUGGAUACGCUUUUCGGUGGCAUCCUACUCGUUGUAACGAACUACGGCAAGGCGGCACAGUACGAACGGAAAGCUGAGCAGCACAAGGGUGUAGCGGACGAAAUGAAGAAAGUGUUGGACUCUAUCGACCGUUUUCUCAAAAUUCUUCCCCCAGAUAAAAAUGACAACGCCAAACUUUCUGCUCCCAACGAGAAAAAGAGACAGACAAUUGUACACGAAAUUGAAGCUGCAUUUGAAAAAGUCAAAGAUAUGAGACCAAGCCUGUCACCACCCGAGACCAUCGUAAUGGCGUUUGAGAAUAUCGAGUGCGACAUGGAAUUCCUAGUGACGGUAGUUGAAAGCACGAAAGACGAGAAAAAAAGGAAAAAAAGGGUAAUCAGAAGUUGUACUGCAAAGAAUACAUUCGAAGUCGAUUUAGAGACACGUUUCGAUGUAUUCAAAGAUGGAUACACCGAUCUUGCCGAUAUUAUGAUGAAAAGCAAGUCUGGCCCAAAAUGUUGCCUGACUAAUUCGAAGAAAGCACGGAAUAAGGUGAUAAAAGGACUCCGCAAGCAGUUGAACCGCUUGCGCGAUAAUCAAGAUCCUGACGAGCAUAAAUGGAAGACUUAUUUCGAAGACUUUGGGACGCUGUUGAGCUGCAAAAACAUUGACCCCAAGAAGGUUGUUGAUGAUAACGAAAAAUCUGCUGAGAAGCCUGAAGACGCAACCGUGGCUAGCACCCAAGCCGCGCGCAGUGGAAAAGAUAACCCCAACCACAACAUGAGUGGGAUUAAUGGAGCAAAUGUAUGAAAAGCUGGAAAGCCUGAUGAUUGGUAAAACAACUGGUUCCCCAGAAGUUUUGGUCAAGAACUAUGCUAGAAAUGACAGCGCAUCGAACUUCUCUCACAGGGCAUUUGCAGAAGAAACGGUAUAUAAGAUA